GGGCCCAUCUCUUUCACAACACACGCACUCACUCUCUCUCUUCUCUGCAUCUCUGUUUUCCUGCAAACCCCACCUUUUUCACAGAAAACCAAUUCUCCUCUCCUCGCUUCAAUUAUCGUUCACCAUUUGCACAGUCUCUAUCAGUCUUUCAGCACUCAGACCCACUAUCAAACAGUUGAUGUGCAAAACAACAAGCUAAAAUUUUACAGUAUGGACUUGGAUAGACCCCCCCAUCACAGAACUCCAAGCGCAAGUACUACUACGACUACUAGUACCCCUACUGGUGAGCUCUUUGUUUGUUUCACAUCUCGUCUUUCUUCUUCCUCUUCAAUGAAGAUUUCCAAAUCUAUACUCAGUCCGGGUCGGGCUCGAGACCCCUCCGUUUCUCUCUCAAAUUCCCUUAGCCGGCGGCUACGCAGCAAUGGCAGCAUCAAGGCCGGUCAGGCUUCUCCCAUGUUCCCUAGUUCGGCUAAGAAGCGCGGGUCGGGAUUUGAGAAUCCGGAGCCGUCUUCCCCGAAGGUUACUUGUAUUGGGCAAGUCCGGGUGAAGACUAAGAAGAAGGUGAAGCAUAGUAGAAGCUUGAGGAGAAGUGGGGAUUUGAGUUUCAGGAAAGUGGAGCAAACGCAGGAAGGGAUGAAUCUGAGCGAGGAAAGGGAAAGGGAUAGGCUGUGUCUCCAAAAUCAAAGGAGUUCGAGCGUACAUUAUCAGCAACAAGAAUGCAGCGUGCCUCAUAGGAACCAGAGGUGGGUUCAUUUGCCCUUGACCAUUUGCGAGGCUCUUAGGGCCGAGUUUAGCUGCUUGUUUCCUUGCCGGUCUUCGUGUUUUUCGACGAACGAAAGGGAAAAACAGGAGAAAGGGAAUGGAUCUAGGGAGCGUGAUCAUAAUGGGCAGCAGCAGGAACAGAGAUCUUGUGGCGCCGUGUUCGCCAGAUGGCUGGUGGCGUUGCAGGACGGGGAAGGAGGAAAAGGGAGGGAGAUUGAGCUGGUGGUUGCAGGCGGAGACGACGAUGAGGAGAGAAUAGCGGGCAGACCCAGUACUACAAUGAGGAGUUCAAGAUCAAGAAGGCAUGUGUUUGAAGAUAUUGAGUUCAAAGAUGAAAGCUUUGUAGCACAGAAAGGUGAUGGUGAAGAAGAAGCAGCAGAAGAGGAAGAGAAGGCAAGAGUGAGUAUUUGCAUUCCACCCAAGAACGCUUUGCUUUUGAUGAGGUGUCGAUCUGAUCCUAUGAAAAUGGCCGCUCUCACUAAUCGGUUUUGGGAAACACCUGCUGCUACAAAAAACGAGGAUAGUGAUGGCGAUGGAGGUGAAGCCGAAGUAGAAAUACAAAAAGGUGAAGCUAAAUCUCAAGUACUAAUGGAGAAAGAGUGCGAAGAAGUGGAUGAACAGAAUGUCGUUUCUUCAGUGAACCUUGAAGAAGAGAAAGAAGAGGACUCAGAUGAAGAAACAACCAUGGAAAUGGAAGUUGUGAGUAGUGAGAAAGAAGAAGAAGAAGAAGAGGUGAAGGAGUUGGAGGUAGAGCAUCAACAAGAAGAUGAAGAUUUUGAAUCAGCUGAUUUGCAGAUAGAUGAACAAAAUACAGAAAAUGUGGAAGCAGUUAACCUGAUUUCAGAGGAAGAAGUAAGUAUAACACCCCUCUCAACAUCUUCACCAAUAAACUCCCCCGAACAAGCAAGCUGUGAAACAGAGGAAAAGAUAGCACCACUGCCCUUAGAAGCUUCAGUCCAAGAACAAGAUGUAGAAAUUGGAGAUGUUGAAAAUACUGAAGAAACCACCGGCCAUGAAUCCGAACAGGAGGAGGAAGAUGAAGAUGAAGAAGAAGAAGAAGAAGAAUCAGACACAGAGAUUGAGCACACAACAUUAAAGGAAGAAGAAAAGACAAGUGAGGACGAAAAUGUGAAAAAAGUGUGGAAGAAAGAAGAAGAAGAAGAAGAAGAAGAAGAAGUAUUGCCAGAGUGUUUGCUGUUGAUGAUGUGUGAACCCAAGCUAUCCAUGGAGGUAUCAAAGGAAACAUGGGUGUGCAGUACGGAUUUCAUCAGAUGGCUACCGGAGAGGCAACAACUCAAAGUAAUCAAAACUGACGCUUCUGAUCACUCCAAGAAAAGACUCUCCACGGAUACCAAAAAAUCAUCAUCAGCUACUACUAAUCCUGCGCCGCCGCCGGAAAACAAGAACCACCACCUACUUCAGCCGCCGCGGUCGUCCUGCUCACUGCCGCCGAGGUCGUCCUGCUCUUUGCCGGCGGCCGCAGUUUCCGGCGUGUCCAUGGCGAGUAUGAUAGAGCAGAAGCUGGUGAACGCCGUGGGAUACGAGCCGUUUGUGCUAACCAGGUGCAAGUCGGAGCCGAUGAGAACGGCGGCUAAGCUAGCGGCGGAGCCUUGUUUCUGGAAAAACAGGAAGCUGGAGCCGCAUCGUCGCGCCACUUUCGGCUUCGGCGCCGCUGGUGUCGGCUUCUGACCCAUCUGAGCUGUCAAAAUGAAAGAGCACCUUUUACGGUGUGGUUUGUCGUACUGGUAAUCUGUAGUCUUCUGUAGCGAUUGGGUUUGUAAAUUUUUUUAAUUAUUUUUUCACCGAAUUGUGAGCAUUAAUAGUAAUUUUCUUUAAACGUUUCUCAA